AUGGCAAACCUCCUCGAACCAAUCACCGUAGGAGGCAAGCUCCCCCUCAGAAACCGUAUCGUCAUGGGUUCAAUGACUCGUAACCGUUGUAUCGACGAUAACAAACCUGGCCCAGCCCAAAUUAAGCACUACGCGGAUAGAGCCAAGUACGGCGCUGGUCUCAUCGUCACAGAGGGCACUUUCGUCGAUUGGACUGGUUGUGACUGGAAACACGCUCCCUUCAUGGUUACCCAGGAGCAUGCGGAUGCUUGGCGAAGAGUGACUGAUGCAGUUCACGAUACUGGUGGGAAAAUCUUCUUCCAGGCCUGGCAUGCUGGGAGGUGUCAGCAUGAUCAGUUGCCUAUUAUGAAAGAUAAGGGUGCCAUGGUUUUGGCUCCUUCUGCUAUCAAAGCUCAUGGAGGGAAAUAUCGAGACUUGCCUGGGAUGCCUGGACAUACGGACAAUAUCGAGGCUAUUACAGAUGUCCAGUCUGUUUUCAACACUUACAGACGAAGCUGUGAGUUGGCUAAAUCAGCUGGAUUUGACGGUGUUGAGCUCCUUGCUCAAGGCGGUUAUCUGCCUCAACAGUUUCUCAGCAGCCGUGCGAAUCAACGCACCGACGAAUAUGGUGGUUCAGUCGAGAACAGAUGCCGCUUCACCCUCGAACUCGUCGAUGCAAUUGCUGCCGUCUUCCACGGACCAGAGUAUAUCUGCGUCAAAAUCAACCCUACAGAUCAUCUCAACGAUUCUAUCGUGGAAUUUGAUGAGAUGAAAGAGACUUAUACGUACCUCAUCACCGAACUUGUCAAAAGAAAGGUUGGGAUUAUUAACCUUGGCCGUCGUGGUGCCGAAACAUCCCCCGGUUCAGGGGAAUUCUUUGGACCUCUCUCUCGGCCUGAAGGCUAUCCUCUCCCUCCUGGCUAUGAUCCAGUUCUUGACUUUGGGAACCUCGUCAAGUUUCCUGGAAGUCCGACUUUGCUUAUGGCCAAUCAUGAUUAUACUGUUGGAGAGGCUGAUGCUCUUAUUGGAGCGGGCAAACUCGACAUGAUUACGUUUGCCAGAGCUUUCAUCUGGAAUCCGGAUCUUGUUCCUCGUAUCACUCACAGAAUACCUCUCGUCGAGAAUGAUAGAGGCCCUUGGGUUUUUUAUGGUCUGGACAAGAGGCCAGACGAAGGCUACAAUGAUUGGCCAGUAGUCUCGACCGCAUAG